GCAAUAACAUUUAUUAUUAAAAACAUGUAAAAUUUUCUUUUAGUCAGAACACAACAUUUUUAUUUAACUGUUUCAAAAAUCUUUGACGCCACUUUAAACGGAAGGUAAUUAAGAGGUUAUUUGUUAAAAUUAAUUGAUGGGUGGGUGGUCUAACUAUCCUUCAAAAUAUUUUUUUUGCUAUUUAAUACAAAUGGAUAUUUCUGUUGUUAUUUUACUAUUUUAGUGAAAUUUUAAUGGUUUCUCCUAUAAGAGAGGAUUUACGAGUAGAAGCCCCAAAAACAAUUAUUCAGCAAAAUCAAAUAAACAAAUUAGAGGUUAACAUUUUUAUCUUUAAUAUAAAGAAAAAAUGAACUUUUUUUGUAACUGGAGAAAAAAUGAACUUGAGUCAAACUAAGUCCUAUAAUUAAGGCUAUGAGGUAUUGCAUACCUCAGAUUAUAAAUUUUUGAGAAACACCUAAUUUAUUAUAUAUAUUAAUACGUCUUCUUCUUUCUUUUCUAAAACUUUAAGAAAUACCAAUCCAUUUAUAUAUUCUACUAUGGGGAAAUCUUUUCUACCUUCAUUUACUAUUCUUGCCAUCUUCUCAAUCCUUCUCUUAGGAGUGGAAUGUAGUCUUAUAAAUAAAUGUUUCAAUAUUGUACACGCUGACCGUUGCGAAGUAAAAGAGUGUGAAUCUGCAUGUUCGAAGAGAUAUCAACAAAGAUUCAUGAGAUCUUUUUGCAACAUUUCAAAUGGUGGUCGCAUGAAAGGACGUGCGCAAUGUGCAUGCGAAUGGCAAGUCAUAAAGGGAUCUUGCAAAAUGUAGUUUAGUGAUAAUAAAUCUCAAAUCAUAUUUUACAAAAAUAAAAUAAUAUUUUACAUAAAUUUCUAACUUAAAUACAUGUACAAUUCUCAAUCUUGAAUAAUAAAAUAUAAAUAUUUUAUUAUGGU